AUGGCCAUUAUAACAACUAAUUGCUGCCUCCAUCUCUCUAAUCCCCCGUCUCUCCCUUCAAAACCAACUCAACUUCCACGGCAUGGCGUGAAGAAUGAGAAGUGGAGAAAGGCGUGCGUGGUGGGCAUGGCGUGCUGCAUGAUAAUCGGAAUAGAAAUGGGAAGUUUAGAAGACACAAGUAUUGCUCUUGCCCAACAAGACAUGAGGUUACCAUUAGUCAUUGAAGAAGUUGCAGAUUCAGAACAACAAAACAAUAAGGUUCCAAGAUGGAGUGAUAAAAGAAUGUGUCCGCCAUGGCAUCUCAAUUCGCUAGAGACUAUUGUGCCUGAGAAUCUCCCAAGACCAGCUGCUCGCAGAAGAUGGGAAACUGUUCGUUACUCCAAAAAUGCCCCCGUAGUUAAAGUGACUACUCUUAGAAGUAGCAGCAACUCAUGCUUUUCCAUGUAAUUUCAACGUAUUAUUUUCUUUCACCCCAUGGCUAUUACUGCUAUGUAUAUAUAAAUCAAUCGCAAACAUCAUGAAAUCAAUAUAACGAAAUAUUUAUUUU